AUGGGUUGGCUCCAAAUUGACGGCCAGGUGAACCGGCUGCCCUUCUUCACCAACCACUUCUUUGACACCUACCUGCUGAUCAGCGAGGACACGCCUGUGGGCUCCUCUGUGACCCAGCUGCUGGCUCGAGACAUGGACAAUGACCCCCUGGUGUUUGGGGUGUCUGGGGAGGAGGCAUCCCGCUUCUUUGCCGUAGAGCCUGACACAGGGGUGGUGUGGCUCCGGCAGCCACUGGAUAGAGAGACCAAGUCAGAAUUCACUGUGGAGUUCUCUGUCAGCGACCACCAGGGGGUGAUCACACGGAAGGUGAACAUCCAGGUCGGGGAUGUGAAUGACAACGCGCCUACAUUUCACAACCAGCCCUACAGCGUCCGCAUCCCUGAGAACACCCCCGUGGGGACGCCCAUCUUCAUCGUGAAUGCUACGGACCCCGACCUGGGCGCAGGUGGCAGCGUCCUCUACUCCUUCCAGCCCCCCUCUCAGUUCUUCGCCAUCGACAGCGCCCGAGGCAUCGUCACGGUGACCCACGAGCUGGACUACGAGACCACCCAGGCCUACCAGCUCACCGUCAAUGCCACGGAUCAAGACAAGACCAGGCCGCUGUCCACCCUGGCCAACUUGGCUAUCAUCAUCACAGAUGUCCAGGACAUGGACCCCAUCUUCAUCAACCUGCCUUACAGCACCAACAUCUACGAGCAUUCUCCUCCGGCCCACGUCUUCGGCUCCCUGGAAGGUGUCAUCAUGUGGCCAUCUAGCUGCGGGAACACCAACAGCAUCUUUGCCCUGGACUAUAUCAGUGGAGCACUGACCUUGAACGGGCUGCUAGACCGGGAAAACCCUCUGUACAGCCACGGCUUCAUCCUGACUGUAAAGGGCACGGAGCUCAAUGAUGACCGCACCCCGUCUGACGCCACAGUCACUACGACCUUCAACAUCCUCGUGAUCGACAUCAAUGACAACGCCCCUGAGUUCAACAGCUCCGAGUACAGUGUGGCCAUCACAGAGCUGGCCCAGGUGGGCUUUGCCCUGCCCCUCUUCAUCCAGGUGGUGGAUAAGGAUGAGGGCCUGAACAGCAUGUUCGAGGUAUACCUGGUGGGCAACAACUCCCACCACUUCAUCAUCUCCCCCACCUCCGUCCAAGGGAAGGCUGACAUCCGCAUCCGGGUGGCCAUCCCACUGGACUAUGAGACCGUGGACCGCUAUGACUUCGACCUCUUUGCCAAUGAGAGUGUGCCUGACCACGUGGGCUAUGCCAAGGUGAAGAUCACCCUGAUCAAUGAGAAUGACAACCGGCCCGUCUUCAGCCAGCCGCUGUACAACGUCAGUCUGUAUGAGAACGUCACCGUAGGCACCUCUGUGCUGACGGUCCUGGCAACAGACAAUGAUGUGGGGACCUUUGGAGAAGUCAACUACUUCUUCACCGAUGACCCUGACCGGUUCUCUCUGGACAAGGACACGGGCCUCAUUAUGCUGAUCGCCAAACUGGACUAUGAGCUGAUCCAGCGCUUCACCCUGACGGUCAUCGCCCGGGAUGGGGGUGGGGAGGAGACCACAGGCCGGGUCAGGAUCAACGUGUUGGACGUCAAUGACAAUGUGCCCACCUUCCAGAAGGACGCCUAUGUGGGUGCCCUGCGAGAAAACGAGCCUUCUGUCACACAGCUGGUGCGACUCCGGGCCACAGAUGAAGACUCCCCUCCCAACAACCAGAUCACCUACAGCAUCGUCAGCGCCUCUGCCUUUGGGAGCUACUUCGACAUCAGCGUGUACGAGGGCUAUGGAGUGAUCAGCGUGAGCCGCCCUUUGGACUAUGAGCAGAUUCCCAACGGGCUGAUUUACCUGACGGUCAUGGCCAAGGAUGCUGGCAACCCCCCUCUCAACAGCACUGUACCCGUCACCAUCGAGGUGUUCGACGAGAAUGACAACCCGCCGACCUUCAGCAAGCCUGCCUACUUCGUGUCUGUAGUGGAGAACAUCAUGGCAGGAGCCACAGUGCUAUUCCUGAAUGCCACUGACCUGGACCGCUCCCGGGAGUACGGCCAGGAGUCCAUCAUCUACUCCUUGGAGGGCUCCUCCCAGUUCCGGAUCAACGCCCGCUCAGGUGAAAUCACCACCACCUCCCUGCUUGACCGGGAGACCAAGGCUGAAUACAUCCUCAUUGUGCGUGCGGUGGACGGGGGUGUAGGUCACAACCAGAAAACUGGCAUUGCCACCGUGAAUGUCACUCUCCUGGACAUCAACGACAAUCACCCCACGUGGAAGGAUGCUCCCUACUACAUCAACCUGGUGGAGAUGACCCCUCCAGACUCUGAUGUCACCACGGUGGUGGCAGUGGACCCAGACCUGGGUGAGAACGGCACCCUGGUGUACAGCAUCCAGCCACCCAACAAGUUCUACAGCCUCAACAGCACCACGGGCAAGAUCCGCACCACGCACGUCAUGCUGGACCGGGAGAACCCUGACCCGCUGGAGGCCGAGCUGAUGCGCAAGAUCAUCGUCUCCGUCACAGACUGCGGCAGACCCCCUCUGAAAGCCACCAGCAGCGCCACAGUGUUUGUGAACCUCCUGGACCUCAAUGACAAUGACCCCACUUUCCAGAACCUGCCUUUCGUGGCUGAGGUGCUUGAAGGCACCCCUGCGGGGGUCUCUGUCUACCAGGUGGUGGCCAUCGACCUGGACGAGGGCCUCAAUGGCCUGGUGUCCUACCGCAUGCAGGUGGGCAUGCCCCGCAUGGACUUCCUCAUCAACAGCACCACGGGCGUGGUGGUCACCACCACUGAGCUGGACCGAGAGCGCAUCGCCAAGUACCAGCUGCGGGUGGUGGCCAGCGACGCGGGCACGCCCACCAAGAGCUCCACGAGCACUCUUACCAUCCAUGUGCUGGACGUGAACGAUGAGACGCCCACCUUCUUCCCCGCCGUGUACAACGUCUCCGUGUCCGAGGACGUGCCCCGGGACUUCCGCGUGGUCUGGCUGAACUGCACCGACAAUGACGUGGGCCUCAAUGCCGAGCUCAGCUACUUCGUCACAGGUGGGAACGUGGACGGAAAGUUCAGUGUUGGCUACCGUGACGCUGUGGUGAGGACGGUGGUGAGCCUGGACCGAGAGACUACGCCCGCGUACACGCUCAUCCUGGAGGCCAUCGACAAUGGCCCAGUUGGCAAGCGACGCACAGGCACAGCCACCGUGUUUGUUACCGUUCUCGACGUGAAUGACAAUCGGCCCAUCUUUCUGCAGAGCAGCUAUGAGGCCAGCGUCCCUGAGGACAUCCCUGAGGGCCACAGCAUCGUGCAGCUAAAGGCCACAGAUGCGGACGAGGGCGAGUUUGGACGCGUGUGGUACCGUAUCCUCCAUGGUAACCACGGCAACAACUUCAGGAUCCAUGUCAGCAAUGGACUUCUGAUGCGAGGGCCCAGGCCACUGGACAGGGAGCGGAAUUCAUCUCACGUGCUGGUGGUGGAGGCCUACAAUCACGACCUGGGACCCAUGAGGAGCUCUGUCAGGGUGAUCGUGUAUGUGGAGGACGUCAACGACGAGGCCCCUGUGUUUACACAGCAGCAGUACAGCCGCCUGGGGCUUCGAGAGACCGCAGGCAUCGGCACCUCCGUCAUCGUUGUCCGAGCCACUGACCGGGACACUGGGGAUGGUGGCUUGGUGAACUACCGCAUCCUGUCGGGCGCAGAGGGGAAAUUCGAGAUUGACGAGAGCACAGGACUCAUCAUCACGGUGGACUACCUGGACUACGAGACCAAGACCAGCUACCUGAUGAAUGUGUCUGCCACGGACCAGGCGCCACCCUUCAACCAAGGCUUCUGUAGCGUCUACAUCACUCUGCUCAAUGAGCUGGACGAGGCCGUGCAGUUCUCCAACGCCUCUUACGAGGCCACCAUCCUGGAGAACCUGGCACUGGGCACAGAGAUUGUGCGCAUCCAGGCCUACUCCAUCGAUAACCUCAACCAGAUCACUUACCGCUUCGAUGCCUACACCAGUGCCCAGGCCAAAGCACUCUUUAAGAUAGAUGCCAUCACGGGUGUGAUCACUGUCAAGGGCCUGGUGGACCGGGAGAAGGGCGACUUCUACACACUGACAGUGGUGGCAGAUGAUGGUGGCCCCAAGGUGGACUCCACCGUGAAGGUCUAUAUCACUGUGCUGGACGAGAAUGACAACAGCCCCCAGUUUGACUUCACCUCCGACUCAGUGGUCAGUGUGCCUGAGGACUGUCCUGUGGGCCAACGUGUUGCCAUGGUCAAGGCCUGGGACCCUGAUGCUGGCAGCAACGGGCAGGUGGUCUUUUCCCUGGCCUCUGGCAACAUCGCUGGAGCCUUUGAGAUCAUCACAACCAACUAUUCCAUUGGUGAAGUGUUUGUGGCCAGGCCCCUGGACAGAGAAGAGCUGGACCACUACAUCCUCAAGGUUGUGGCUUCCGACCGUGGCACCCCUCCACGCAAGAAGGACCACGUCCUGCAGGUGACCGUUCUAGAUGUCAAUGACAACCCUCCAGUGAUCGAGAGCCCCUUCGGAUACAACGUCAGUGUGAACGAGAAUGUGGGUGGGGGCACAACUGUGGUCCAGGUGAGAGCCACCGACCGUGACAUUGGGCUCAACAGCAUCCUGUCCUACUACAUCACCGCGGGCAACGACGACAUGACCUUCCGCAUGGACCGCAUCAGCGGCGAGAUCACCACACGGCCUGCCCCACCAGACCGUGAGCACCAGAGCUUCUUCCACCUCGUGGUCACCGUGGAGGAUGAGGGCACCCCCACCCUGUCGGCCACCACCCACGUGUACGUGACCAUUGUGGAUGAGAACGACAACGCACCUGUGUUUCAGCAGCCCCACUACGAGGUGCUGCUGGAUGAGGGCCCGGACACAAUCAAUGCCAGUCUCAUCACUGUCCAGGCUCUGGACCUAGAUGAGGGGCCCAAUGGCACAGUGACCUACGCCAUUGUCUCAGGCAACAUCAUCAACACCUUCCAUAUCCACAGACGCACGGGCGUCAUCCGUGCUGUAAAGGAGUUGGACUAUGAGAUCAGCCAUGGCCGUUAUACCCUGACCGUCACCGCCACAGACCAGUGCCCCAUCUUGUCGCACCGCCUCACCUCUACCACCACCGUGCUUGUGAAUGUGAACGACAUCAAUGACAAUGUGCCUACCUUCCCCCGGGACUACGAGGGGCCAUUUGACGUCACUGAGGGCCAGCCGGGACCCAGAGUGUGGACCUUCCUGGCCCAUGACCGGGACUCCGGCCCCAAUGGCCAGGUGGAGUACAGUAUUGUGGCUGGAGACCCUCUGGGGGAGUUUCUCAUCUCUCCCGUGGAAGGGGUGCUGCGGGUCCGGAAGGACGUGGAGCUGGACCGGGAGACCAUCGCCUUCUACAACCUGACCAUCUGUGCCCGAGACAGGGGCGUGCCCCCACUCAGCUCCACAAUGCUGGUGGGGAUCCGGGUGCUGGAUAUCAACGACAAUGACCCGGUGCUAUUGAACUUACCCAUGAACAUCACCAUCAGUGAGAACACACCUGUCUCCAGCUCUGUCGCCCACAUCCUGGCCAGUGACGCUGACAGCGGCUGCAACGCCCUGCUCACCUUCAACAUCACUGCUGGCAACCGAGAGAGGGCCUUCUUCAUCAAUGCCACGACAGGGAUCGUCACCGUGAACCGGCCUCUGGACCGAGAGCGGGUCCCACAGUACAAGCUGACUGUAUCCGUGAAAGACAACCCGGAGAAUCCACGCAUAGCCCGCAGGGAUUUUGAUUUUCUGCUGAUCUUACUUUCGGAUGAGAAUGACAACCACCCCCUCUUUACCGAGAGCACUUAUCGAGCAGAGGUGAUGGAGAACUCUCCCGCUGGGACCCCCAUCACGGUGCUCAAUGGACCCAUCCUGGCCCUGGACGCUGACGAGGACAUCUACGCCGUGGUAACCUACCAACUGCUGGGCACUCAGAGUGGCCUCUUUGACAUUGACAACAGUACUGGCGUGGUGACGGUGAGAUCAGGGGUCAUCAUUGACCGAGAGGCUUUCUCUCCUCCCAUCCUGGAGUUACUGCUGCUGGCCGAGGACAUUGGACAGCUCAAUGGCACAGCUGAUCUGCUGGUCACCAUCCUGGAUGACAAUGACAACUGGCCCACAUUUAGUCCAAAUGCCCUCACCGUCCAUCUGCUGGAGAACUGCCCACCAGGAUUCUCAGUCCUUCAGGUCACAGCCACAGAUGAGGACAGUGGCCUCAAUGGGGAACUGAUCUACCGCAUAGAAGCUGGGGCUCAGGACCGCUUCCUGAUCCACCCAGUCACCGGCAUCAUCCGCGUCAGCAACGUGACCAUCGACCGGGAAGAGCAGGAAUCCUACAGGCUGACGGUGGUGGCCACCGACCGUGGCACUGCCCCUCUCUCGGGCACAGCCAUCAUCACCGUCCUCAUUGAUGACAUCAAUGACUCCCGCCCUGAGUUCCUCAACCCCAUCCAGACGGUGAGCGUGCUAGAGUCAGCAGAGCCGGGCACCGUCAUUGCCAACGUCACCGCCAUCGACCGCGACCUUAACCCCAAGCUGGAAUACCAUAUCAUCGGCAUCGUGGCCAAGGAUGACACUGACCGCCUGGUGCCUGACCAGGAGGACGCCUUUGCAGUGAAUAUCAACACAGGGUCUGUAAUAGUGAAGUCCCCCCUGAACCGGGAGCUGGUUGCCACCUAUGAGGUCACCCUCUCAGUGAUUGACAACGCCAGCGACCUACCGGAGCGUGCUGUCAGUGUGCCAAAUGCCAAGCUGACGGUCAACAUCCUAGACGUCAAUGACAAUACACCGCAGUUCAAGCCCUUUGGGAUCACCUACUACACAGAGCGGGUCCUGGAGGGGGCCACGCCGGGCACCACACUCAUCGCUGUGGCUGCUGUGGAUCCCGACAAGGGCCUCAAUGGACUGAUCACCUACACCCUGCUGGAUGUCGUCCCUCCAGGCUAUGUCCAGCUGGAAGACUCCUCCACAGGAAAGGUCAUUGCCAACCGGACAGUGGACUAUGAGGAGCUGCAUUGGCUCAACUUCACCGUGAGGGCCUCAGACAACGGGUCCCCUCCGCGGGCUGCCGAGAUCCCCGUCUACCUGGAGAUCGUGGACAUCAACGAUAACAACCCCAUCUUUGACCAUAUCUCCUACCAGGAAGCCAUCUUUGAGGAUGUGCCUGUGGGCACUGUCAUCCUGACAGUCUCUGCUACAGACGCCGACUCUGGCAACUUUGCCCUCAUCGAGUACAGCCUCGUGGAUGGAGAGGGCAAGUUCGCCAUCAACCCCACCUCGGGUGACAUCUAUGUGCUGUCCUCGCUGGACCGGGAGAGGAAGGACCACUAUAUCUUGACUGCCUUGGCCAAAGACAACCCUGGAGAUGUGGCCAGCAACCGGCGAGAAAACUCAGUGCAGGUGGUGAUCCAGGUGCUGGACGUCAAUGACUGCCGACCACAGUUCUCCAAGCCCCAGUUCAGCACAAGCGUGUAUGAGAACGAGCCAGCGGGCACCUCGGUCAUCACCAUGAUGGCCACCGACCAGGAUGAGGGCUCCAAUGCAGAACUGGCCUACUCCCUGGAAGGCCCUGGUGCAGAGGCCUUCUAUGUGGACAUGGAGUCAGGCCUGGUGACCACCAAGCGGCCCCUGCAGUCCUACGAGAGGUUCAACCUGACCGUGGUAGCCACAGAUGGUGGGGAGCCUCCCCUCUGGGGCACCACCAUGCUCCUGGUGGAGGUGAUUGACGUCAAUGACAACCGCCCGGUCUUCGUGCGCCCACCCAACGGUACCAUCCUACACAUCAAAGAGGAGAUCCCGCUCCGAUCCAACGUGUACGAGGUCUACGCCACCGACAAGGACGAGGGCCUCAACGGGGCGGUGCGCUACAGCUUUCUGAAGACGGCUGGCAAUCGGGACUGGGAAUACUUCACCAUUGACCCUAUCAGUGGCCUCAUCCAGACCGCGCAGCGUCUGGACCGUGAGAAGCAGGCGGUGUAUAGCCUCAUCCUGGUGGCCAGCGACCUGGGCCAGCCGGUGCCCUAUGAGACCAUGCAGCCGCUGCAGGUCGCUCUGGAGGACAUCGACGACAAUGAGCCCCUCUUCGUGAGGCCCCCCAAAGGCAGCCCCCAGUACCAGCUGCUGACGGUGCCUGAGCACUCACCACGCGGCACCCUUGUGGGCAACGUGACGGGCGCCGUGGACGCAGACGAGGGCUCCAAUGCCAUCGUGUACUACUUCAUCGCAGCUGGCAACGAAGAGAAGAACUUCCAUCUGCAGCCCGACGGGCGUCUGCUGGUGCUUCGGGACCUGGACCGGGAGCGGGAGGCUCUCUUCUCCUUCAUCGUCAAGGCCUCAAGCAAUCGCAGCUGGACUCCUCCCCGUGGGCCCUCCCCAGCCCUCGACCUGCUUGUUGACCUCACCCUGCAGGAGGUGCGGGUCGUGUUGGAAGACAUCAAUGACCAGCCACCAAGGUUCACCAAGGCCGAGUACACAGCAGGAGUGGCCACUGAUGCCAAGAUGGGCUCAGAGUUGAUCCAGGUUCUGGCCUUGGAUGCAGACAUUGGCAACAACAGUCUGGUCUUCUACAGCAUCCUAGCCAUCCACUACUUCCGGGCCCUUGCCAAUGACUCAGAGGAUGUGGGCCAGGUCUUCACCAUGGGGAGCGUGGACGGCAUCCUGCGCACCUUUGACCUCUUCAUGGCCUACAGCCCUGGCUACUUCGUGGUGGACAUCGUAGCCAGGGACCUGGCAGGCCACAACGACACGGCCAUUAUCGGCAUCUACAUCCUGAGGGACGACCAGCGUGUCAAGAUUGUCAUUAACGAGAUCCCUGACCGUGUGCGUGGCUUCGAGGAGGAAUUCAUCCGCCUGCUGUCCAACAUCACAGGCGCCAUCGUCAACACUGACGACGUGCAGUUCCACGUGGACAAGAAAGGUCGAGUGAACUUUGCACAAACGGAGCUGCUCAUCCACGUGGUGAACCGGGACACUAACCGAAUUCUGGACGUUGACCGGGUGAUCCAAAUGAUCGACGAGAACAAGGAGCAGCUGCGCAAUCUUUUCCGGAACUACAACGUCCUGGAUGUGCAGCCGGCCAUCUCUGUCCGGCUACCAGACGACAUGUCUGCCCUGCAGAUGGCGAUCAUCGUCCUGGCCAUUCUCCUCCUCCUGGCGGCCAUGCUGUUCAUCAUCAUGAAUUGGUACUACAGGACCAUACACAAGAGGAAGCUCAAAGCCAUCGUGGCUGGUUCUGCAGGGAAUCGAGGCUUCAUUGACAUCAUGGACAUGCCCAACACUAACAAGUACUCCUUUGAUGGGGCCAACCCAGUGUGGCUGGAUCCUUUCUGCCGGAACCUGGAACUGGCUGCCCAGGCUGAGCAUGAGGACGACCUGCCGGAGAACCUGAGCGAGAUCGCAGACCUGUGGAACAGCCCCACCCGCACCCACGGAACUUUUGGGCGUGAGCCAGCAGCGGUCAAGCCUGAUGAUGACCGGUACCUGCGGGCAGCCCUCCAGGAAUAUGACAAUAUUGCCAAGCUGGGCCAGAUCAUUCGGGAGGGGCCCAUUAAGGGCUCAUUGCUGAAGGUGGUCCUGGAGGAUUACCUGCGGCUCAAAAAGCUCUUUGCACAGCGGAUGGUGCAAAAAGCCUCUUCCUGCCACUCCUCCAUCUCUGAGCUGAUCCAGACAGAGCUGGAGGAGGAGCCUGGGGAGUGCAGCCCUGGCCAGGGCAGCCUGCGCUUCCGCCACAAGCCACCCAUGGAGUUCAAGGGCCCCGACGGGAUCCACGUGAUGCAUGGCAGCACUGGCACGCUGCUGGCCACCGACCUCAACAGCCUGCCCGAGGACGACCAGAAAGGCCUAGGCCGCUCGCUGGAGACGCUGACAGCCGCCGAGGCCAGUGCCUUUGAACGCAAUGCCCGCACAGAGUCCGCCAAAUCCACGCCGCUGCACAAGCUCCGCGAUGUGAUCAUGGAGAGUCCCCUGGAAAUCACGGAGCUGUGA